AUGUUCCCGGCUGGCGAGGCCGGGGGCGCCCCGCCGAGCCCGGAGGCGACGCCGCCCCCGCCGCCUCCCGGGCUGCCCGCGCCCCCGGCUGCCGCCGCCGCCGCGGCUCCCCCCAGCGACGCGGAGCUGGGCGGCUGCAGCAAGGAGGAGCUGGUGCGCCGGCUGCGCGUCGAGGAGGCCGCCAAGCUGGCGGCGCUGGUGCAGCGCGGCCGCCUGAUGCAGGGCGUCAACCGGCAGCUGCAGGAGCACCUCCGCGAGGUCCGCGAGCUCAAGGCCGUCAACGGGCGCCUGCAGGCCGAGAACCGCGAGCUGCGCGAGCUGUGCUGCUUCCUGGACGAGGACCGGCUCAAGGCCAAGCGCCUGGCGCGCCACUGGCAGCUCUUCGGGCACCACGCGGCGCAGGUGCUGCGCGACGACGUGGCCGGCUGCCUGCGCAAGCUGGCCGGCCUGGAGGGGCUGCAGGAGCGCCUGGCCGCCGACAACGCCGAGCUCAAGGCGCUCUGCCUGGCCCUCGACCAGGAGGGCGGUGGGCUGGCCCUGGCUGCCCCCGCCACCCCCGCCGACGCCAGCCCCGGCGGGGGCGCCGCCGAGCUGGGCCUGCCCUGCGGGCCCCGCGACCUCGGCGACGGCAGCUCCAGCACCGGCAGCGUGGGCAGCCCCGACCAGCUGCACCCGGCCUGCUCCCCCGACGACUGA